AGAUAAAUGCCAGUGAGGCUGUCAAGGUCUCUGCACUCUGCUCCAGGCAACCAGACCUCUCUGCAGCUCCUGAGGUCUCUCUUGCUCCAUCACAAUCGGCAUCUCACUGGCUGGGAAAGCACAGACUUGCUUAGAGGGACUGCAGAAAGUUGAAUGCACAGAGGUGUUUGCUAUAGUUAAGGAAGCGGAGAAAGCUUCUGCAAAUAAGGACUGGUCAGCGGAUUUUAAAUGAUAAAGAUGAAUAGAAAUUCUUACAACAUAAUGGCUUUGGCUCCUAACACCUCGAAAAAACGAGAGACUGUGUGCAUAUUUGGAACUGGAGAUUUUGGAAGAGCUCUGGGACAUAAAAUGAUUCAGUCUGGCUACCCCGUCGUGUUUGGAAGCCGGAGCGCACAGACAUCCAGCCUGAUUCCCAAGGAUGCAGAGGUGUUGAGCCACACAGAGGCAGCACAGAAAGCUGCCAUCAUCAUUAUAGCGAUCCAGAGGCAACAUUACAACUUCCUUACACCACUAGCAGAAGUUCUCCGUGGAAAAGUCUUGGUGGAUGUAAGCAACAACUUAAAAAUAAACCAGUAUCCUGAAUCCAAUGCAGAGUACCUUGCUCAGCUGGUACCUGGUGCUAGGGUUGUGAAAGCCUUUAACACUGUGUCAGCCUGGGCCUUGCAGUCGGGCACAUUGGAUGCAAGCCGGCAGGUGUUUGUCUGUGGAGAUGACAUGGAAGCUAAACAAAUGGUGAUGGAUAUUGUUCGUGCACUGGGUCUCACUCCAUUAGAUCAGGGAUCCCUCUUAGCUGCUCAGGAAAUAGAAAAUUACCCUCUGCAGCUCUUCCCAAUGUGGAAGUUUCCCAUCUUUUUGUCCCUUGGCCUAACUGCGUUCUUCUUCUUCUACUGUUUAAUUCGUGAUGUAAUUUACGCUUAUGUUUAUGAAAAGAAAGACUUUUCAUUUUUUAUAGCAAUUUCCAUUCCAAAUCAGAUCUGCCCUAUACUGGCACUCAUUCUUCUUGCCUUGGUUUAUCUCCCUGGUGUACUUGCUGCAAUUCUUCAGUUAUACCGAGGCACCAAAUAUCGCCGUUUCCCAGACUGGCUGGACAAAUGGAUGUUGUGUAGGAAACAACUUGGACUGGUAGCCUUGGCGUUUGCUUCUUUGCACGUUUUGUAUACUCUUGUUAUCCCAAUUCGUUCCUUUGUAAGAUGGAGAAUCAGCAGUUCUACUGUCUCCCAGGCAUUGAAAAAUGCAACACAACCACUCAACACGACUUAUGCCUGGCUUAGUGACUCUUAUUUGGCUCUGGGGAUUUUAGGAUUUUUUUUAUUUGUUCUUCUGGGAAUAACUUCCUUGCCUUCAGUCAGCAACAAUGUCAACUGGCGAGAAUUUCGAUUUGUACAGUCCAAACUGGGAUAUCUGACACUGAUUUUGUGCACUGCACACACGCUGGUUUAUGGAGGAAAUCGGUUCCUGAGCCCAUCAUCAUACAAAUGGUAUCUUCCAAGUGCCUAUAUGCUCUCCCUCAUUGUUCCAUGCAUUGUACUGGUUGUCAAAUUUGUGCUGGUAUUCCCUUGUCUAGACAAACCUCUUACACGAAUUCGACAGGGCUGGGAGCGGAAUCCCCAAUACUCAGAACAGUCAAAUUACAUUACCAAUAAGUCUGCUGUAUAAUUAGACUAGUUUGUAUUACAAAAGAGAAGAAGAAAAAAAAUAUAAUAAAUGCAUAUCAAAAUGAAUUCCCAAGCCUCCAUUACUUGGAGAGUUUGAGAAAAAGUGAAAAAUUUGGCCAGGCCCUGAGUAACAUAAAACCACCCCAAUGACAAGCUUAAAAUACAAACCUAAAUGGAGGUCCUUGAGUUCCUGCACUGUAGGCAUGUUUCCACAGAGGUGCAGGUCCUCUCUUUUGCUCAGUAUAUUCCUCCUUGUCUAUUCACCCUCCAUUCCUAAGAAGGGUAUGAGAAAAGUAAAUGGUACGCCACGUCCCUCCUUUGUUAUUCAAAACCUCCUCCAGGGCUGUGCAGAAUCGGAGUAACCUUUGGUGUCAGAUGGUGUCUGUUCCUCUUUCCUAUCCUCCCCACUGACAGUCAGGUCUACGUGCACCUACACACAUCCACACAGAUCCACAUGUACACACACAUGAACCGCCUGCUACCACCCCCAAAAGCCACCAGCACCCAUAGAAUGGGUGCAGC